CGUUCGCACCCUCUGAAAUUAUUUGUAAUUAAGUGAACUGAUAUGUGAUCAGAAAUGGAGUUGUUUUUAGCAUCAUUCCGCUCCUUUGUGAUGUUUCUAUUCAUUCAGGGUUUUGUGAUGGUUGUCUUCAUGAUAUUUACAGAGGCCCAGAAAUUGUUCAAUCAGAAGCCCGUCAGCCCACAGAAUGUUACAGAAGAUCAAAAUGUCACUCUUAGCUGGAGUUACAACAUUGGUGGAGUCAUCCAGUUGGCUCAACUGAAGAGAAUUUAUGAAGAUGGUUCAUCAGAGCUGAUUGUAAAUAAAUUUCCCAACAGCAACCCAACCGUCAGGAGUGCAUUUCAGGGUAGAUUUCAUGUGCAGAUUAUUUCAGACACACAAACAACUUUCAAAAUAACUGGAAUAACAAGAUCUGACAGUGGGAAGUAUACCUAUGGGAUAACCGUUGGCAACCUUGAUACAGACGAAAGUGAAGUGCAGAUUUUGGUGCAGUAUAAAUCAAACAUUACAACUUUCUUUGCUGGCAAUCAGAGACUAAACGAAAGUGUGUUACUGAAUCUUACAUGUGCAGCAGAUGGUAAUCCAAAACCAAGUAUCAGUUGGACAAGACUGUCUGACAAUAGCACCAUUAACUCUACCUUGGAAAUCACUGGUAAACAUAUAGAAGGAGAAUACAGAUGUACAGCAAGUAAUGGUGUGGGAAACCCUGACAGCAGGACUGUGUACAUCAUUGUAGAAAACUACCAUCCAAUAGACACCAUUGUGACCACUAAUCUGACUGACAACACUGUAGUUGUGAAUACAACCUUCAAUGUCACAUGCAGUGCCACAGCCAGACCCUCUGCAAAGUAUCGAUUCUACAAAGGAAUUGAGUUUGUAAAUGAUACAGACAGUGAUGGGGUGAUUACAACUUUCGUCAAUGAAAGAGUUAAAAAGGUGGACUACCGCUGUGUUCCGUACAAUUUUUAUGGUGAUGGAAAGAUAAGAGUGGUGACUGUCACAGUGCACUAUCAUCCUGUUGACACAAAUUUUACCACAGAAAAUACCACAGUCCUUCGCAGAAGUCAUUUCACCCUUAAGUGCUCAACAGAUGCCAGUCCUACAGCUGAGUUUCAUUUGUACUUGAAUGGCAGCUUAAAUCAAACCAACAACACAGGAACAUUUUAUGUAAUUGCGGUAUCCGAUGCCGAGUAUACCUGUGUUCCUCGGAACUUAAUUGGGACAGGAGAUAAUGCUACGGUCAAGGUUACAGUUGUGGAUGCUCCAUUGGCGUUACUUUCACCGCUUGAAGUAACUGCUAAUGUUAACGAUACCUUGAAUUUGACAUGCACGGUGUUUGGCAAUCCGAAACCCAGCAUAAAAUGGAGUAAGGAUGGCAGUUCUUAUGUUCCUUGCAAUGACUCGUUAUGUACCGUGACCGUAAGCAGACAUGGUGCUCUGAAUGAUGUGAUCCAAUAUCAAUGUACAGCCAGUAAUGGAGUGGGUACACCUGAUACAGCUACAGCCAGCAUCACUGUUCACUAUCCAGCGAUGAUUAGUGAACCAGGAAAUGUAACGCUGAACGUAACGGUUGGGGAGAAAGUAAAUUUUUCCUGUAACGGAACAGGCAAUCCCAAACCGAUAAUAACGUUGGUGGCUAUUUUUGGUGAAGCAAGCAACCGAAAAAAUGUGUCCGAAAGCAACAGCUUUGAAGCAAAACCUGAUAGCGCUGUGAGGUUCCUGUGCACAGUUGAAAACGCAUUGGCGAAAAAAGUCAAAUGGAUUCACUUAGUUCUAAACGCUAUGGAGUUCGAAAUUACUUUAACCAUCAUUAACAAAGCCUGCCGUGAUAAUCCUGGCGAAGUUAUGAAACAGCUGCGUGAACAUGUGAUUGAGAUUUUGAAGAAAUGGAACAUACCCAUUGAACACAUUACAACUAUAACUUAUGAGUGUGGCAGUGUAACAGUAUACUUGUCACUGAUAUUUAGUCAAAAUGUCGAGAUCGAAAACGUUUUAACGGUUUUGAAGAAGGCUUCGGCAGAGGAAAGAGGUUUUGGCGACUUAAAAGUUGAUCCGGAAUCCAUCCAAGCAAUUUCUCCUGAACGGAUACCUACAACGCCUACGCCUACCCCAGUUGACAUGACGACGGAGGAACAUCCUUCAGGGCCAAAGUGCAAGGAAAGUUUUAUCCCAGAAAGUAAUUGUCCUUUGAGCGUGGCCUUCAUUGUCUUCUUGGUUGUUUUGGCCGUCAUCUUGUUUUCCGUGACGUUUGCUAUUAUUAUCUAUUGCUUAUACAAAAGAAGGAAGUGUAGAAAAGAUCCCAGGGUUCACGGUACCCAAUCUGAAGAGAGACCAUUUUCGCCAUCAAAUAAGAAUGAUUAUUCUCAAGUCAAUAGCGGAUAUGCAGAGACGGGUCCACGGUCCACAGAAAGGGCCAACUUAGACCACAACCAGGAAGAGGAAGGUGCUGCUGCGAUACCAGAUUAUGCUGUCGUGGAUAAGUCCAAGAAGAAAGGGAAAAAGAAGGAUAAGAGAGCCGCAGAAAUGAAGCCGACUGAAGAUCAGUACGCUAUAGUGGACAAGUCAAAGAAGAAGACGAAGCUGAAGAACGAACCAGAUGCCACUUACGCUGAAGUGGACUGUCAAAAGAAUUCAAAAAAGAAGCCCAAGCCCGGUGACGUUCUUUAUGCUGACUUGGGUGAAUUCCAUCAGAUGAAGAAAAUGCCUGCAGUAUCCACCUCGCCCAAAGCAUUGCCUCCGAUCAAACGGCCGGAGGCUUAUGCUGAAACACAGUACGCUGACAUUACCCAGUUUCCGAAGGGAAACCCUGAAGACCCAGGCGCUGAGCUUCCUAAAGACAAUACCACCCCAGCUGUCAAGAAUACUGCCAACGGCAGCAAGGAGGAAUCCUCAGCUAGGAACACAGGUGAUGGUGCAGAGGCAGCUAACGAGACAGGAUUUUAGUCUUAACUGAGGUUGUAAAACAUUAGAGGAGCUGCAAUUGUUUCACAAGAAAAUGCUAAUCGUAGCCUUAGUAAUUAAUUCUCAUGUUUCAUAGUUAUUUUCUCGCAGGCAUAAAAAUGUGUUGUAAUGUAGGAUAAAUUUUGCGUGAUAUGUUUUUAUAACACCGUAAGAGUUAAGUAUUAUCAAGAAGCAAGUGCGCGUACGAUUUGUUGCUUCGUAAAAACAAGCAUUUCGUAUUUUUUUCGUUUUUGUUUUUGUUUUUUCUUGUUUAGUCUCACAGUGUGGUUUUUGGCCUAGGCUAAUCAUUUACCUUUAUAGUAAUUUAGGAUGUGAAGAUGUGAACAUCAAUAUAUGUUUUGCAUAUAAUCUGUUUCAUAACAUAGUUUGUACUUAGAUGAAUAGAUAAAUUUACCGAUAUACCGGAAAGGUAGCCUUUUUUCAAAAAUAGCUCUCAUCUUAUACAACUUGCGGUUCAAUUAUAGGUAUUUUCCUUAAAAUUUUGCAAGUAUAAUCAAUUUACUUCGUAGCGACCAUAAUGUUAAACAACGUAUAUAUUUUUUUUUAUUUUGGUAGGAAACACUUUUUAACAUACGUAGUCGAAAAUUGGAAGGUGAAGAUGUGGUUAUUACAUGGCCCGUGCCAAUAUACAUAGAAUUUUUUGUAAGAAAAUAGACGGUCUGGAUAACGUCGAUCACCCUAGGCAGCACAUUUUUCUCAGCUAUUUUAAGACCCUGAGUGUUGUUCCGGUCUGGGGCUUGAAGCCUCGACCUCCCGCACAGCAUUGAAGCGCUCUCAGUACAACAUGAGCUCGCCAGGCGGCGGGUAGGGUUUUGACACCAACCAAAGAAAACACACUUUAAAGUGCCACGAAAUUUUUUUUUUUUUUACUUUUUCUAGGUGAUAGCUGCGUUUAAAAUUUGAAAUAAUCGACCUUAGCGCCUAGCGAGCUCUCCUUGACCGUUUUUUGCGCAUUGAAAUUAAGAUUUGGCGGCCCAAAAAAGCCCACAUUUGGCGCACGGCCAAAACGAUCAUGUUUUGACGUAGAAAGCUGUGAAGACACGACGGCAGUCAUGGUAGAGAAGGGAGAAGCCAAGAAUAGGGGACGAAGGAAUUGCGUGGCCGGAGAAUAAUACACAUACACCGGGUAUUUCUAUAUAUUACUUUGUAGAGGAUGUAUACCGAAAACAGAGUUAGUUCCUUAAGCGCUUGCUACAUGAUCUAUCACUACUGCAAUUGGUGCAGUUUGGUAAUUUUCAAUCAAAUUUUGCAGAAAUAAAUGGACGCCAUGAAAACUCAAAGUACAAAUAAUUGUUCACGUGAAGGUGGAAUGUUUUCCUUUAAUUCGCUGCGAAUUUCAGCUAACUCCCCCCUUAUUUCUUUCUUACUUUUAAAAAUGGUCAGCAAUUUUUUUUUCUCUAUUUCAUCUGCUCCAGCUUUUUGGUUGUUUCUUUGUUUGUUGUUUGUUUUUUUCUGCUUUUAGUUCCUUUUGGUAAUUUUGGUAGUAGUUGAAUUUUGCUUAUUUUUCUAGCAUACUCGUUUCGAUAAUUUUUUGAAGAGGAGGUUUAAUUCAAUUAUUUCUGACACUUUUUACGCGAUGUUGAACAAGUUUUGAAGAUGCUUUUUUAAAAUGCCAGUUUUUCACUAUUCGCCAUGUACCUGCUGUUGAGCAGUUUGUAUAUCGUGGCAUCUACUUCGUUGGGCUGAAAUGCGAUCAGAUUAAAGGAACACAUACACACCAGCUUUUUAAGAUCACGGCGCAGCGGUGAAUUCAUGUGUGUUGUGUUAAUUACAAAUAAUUGUCGGACGUAAAACGUCAAUGAUAGCCAUCGUUGAUUUUUGUAUAGAGAGAGUAAGUUGGUUUCCUGGGCAAAAUGUUUGAUUAAUUAGUUCUAACAUGGCACUUAGGAUCAAAAGAGUGACAAAUGCCUUUGGCGUGGUUCUUAUUUUAGACAUAGAUAACUAGUCAAAAAGGAUUGAGUUACUGGUUUUUUUACCCUGCAGUGCAGUGUAUGAUUAUUUAACCUUAUAUUUAACAUGUAAUAUAGUAAUAACCAUUGGCGGUAAGGGGACAUGUGUGGCAGGCAGGUAUGAAGUACCUUCACCUGAUUAAGGACUAAAAGUCACUUGUUACUUUGCCAGUGUGCAAAUACAGGUGUCGAGUAAUCACCAGCUAAUCAAACGCACGGAUGACGCAGUCAACUGACUAAUCAAAACAGAAGUACAGUCUACUUUGAACAAGUACCACAACCCUUGCAUGAAAAUCGACGAACGCUUCGUUUUGGUUUCAUUGCAAGAACUCCUUGGUUGUUCUGCUGGUUAAAGCUGGCUGCCACACUGUCCAGUUUCAUUUGACUCAUUUUUUCCAGCAUAAUGCUUUUUCGUAGUCUGAAUGAUACAAUGCUUAUAUUGAUUCUUUUAAGAAUCAAUAUAAAAAUGACCGCACAUAUUAAAUGUGCGGUCUGAUUAACGAGUGUUGAUUGUAAUGCUUUAAUCACGCGUUUUGGAGAAGUCGAAAGAGCUUAAUUGUUUGGUAUGUGCCUAUCAUGAGGACAGACACCUUCCGUAACUCUGUUUUGGUAAUCAACAGUUACUGUUCAUUAAACCUUCAGCGGUUUUCCAAUGGCGAAAACUAGUUGACUUAAUCCAUCGGAAGUACUAAUGUGAACACGCCUGCAUAUUGUGAUGGAAUAAUUAUACCUACAGGUUAACAAUGAACAGCUUGAAGCAUAUUGGUUUUUCCAAUCUUUCUAUGCCGCUUGUACCACACAUUUAUUUUUUCUUUUGGUGACUCCUUGAUACUUUUUACUAUAUCAACAGAUGUAAACAACUGUAAUGCUCAUUAAACGCUGAUCAAUCUUA